GUGGGCUUGUGCACAUAACUGGGCCGACUCUAGCAGAUUCACUCUUCGCAUUUAUAGGGACCAAUUUGACCGAUUAAGCGAGUCGGAGUUUGAAUGGACACCUUACCCGCUUACUAGUCUUCCAGCUUUUUGCACUCAUGCAUUUGAUCUGUGGGCAACUAAAGCUCCACUUAUUUAUUGUUCAUAUUUUGAGGCAUACUAUCCUGGUAGAUUUUGUCGUCAAUUCGGUGCAGUCCAGGAUAUACCUAGGAGCGUGACUCAUAACGACCGUCACCAUGCUACUAGACCAGAGAACAAUGCUGAGUUUAUUACACAAUGGGAGCAACGAUGGCAAACAUUAUAUGUGUUUGACCUGACCAGAUGCGGGGGAUUCACUGAUGAGUAUCGUGGGUGGUUUCGUUACAUGGGCAAGACACACAUUAACAACCCCUCACAAGACCGUCCUACAACCGGAUUUGUUCCAGCUCAUCCACAUAUUGCUAUCGCGGUUAUUAUUUAAAAGUGUUUGGUAUUCUCAUAUAAUGUAAUAAUUCAAAUUAUUAACUGUAUAAAUUUGUAUUGCAGACUCACUGUUUGGGCCAGGUUGCUCGGGAAAUGAUUGACAGAGGUGACCCUCGAGAUUGUGGGAUGAUUGAGCGAAUCAGGAAUUGCCUAAGGCGGAUAGGUGCAAAAGAAGCAAUGGAUCACGACAUCAUCACAUUUGAAGAGGUUGAUGAAGGACACGCAUCGCCCGAUGCUCAUGGCCAACAGACUAGACCAGGGUAUGGGUUACAUGAUGAUGAUACAUCUCAUGAUACACCCAUGGAGCCGCCAUCCACAGUUGGUAGUUCCUAUCACGCACAUGAAAUUUCCCAACAUCAGCAGUGGCCUAAUUUUAGUGUAACAUCAUUGGUAGUUCUCUACGAUUAUUUCUACAAAGUAUUAGUGUAACAUGUCUAGUGAGGGUAGCGUAGUUGUUCUUGUGCAUUGGAAUGGGGUGUUGACUGAAAAUAAUAAUGAAGUCAAUUACUCUACGUAUCCAAAUGCUGCACUUUUUUUGAGUGAUGAUACUACAUAUGCAAGACUAUGUGAGAGCGUUAUGCAAGAAAUGUCCCGUGAUGGUUUCUAUGACAUGAAAACCAUUCAUGGGAAAUUUCCCAUAUAUAAUUCUGAGGGAAUAUGUGUUUCCUCCAUGCUGUGGCCUAUCCAUGACGACCCAUCAUGGAUCUAUUUUCUACAAUUUGCUCGCAAUCAAUACGAACGAGCGGAGAUAUACAUCAAUGCCGAAAAGAAGCAAAUGGUUCAUCCAUCUCAACAACGCACUUCUAGGCGUCCUCCCAACCAAGACACUUCUCAGCCGAUGAUUGACGUCAAUGUCCCCCAUGAUGUUUCGGAUAGUGACGAUGAUCCUGAUUAUAACGCUCUUUCCUUUUCUGAACACGAGAGCAGUUCUGAAGACAGUGAUGAUA